GUUUCAGCAGGGCUCAUGUGUCCUCGGAGUAGCCCGAGGAGCUGGUGUGUCGGCCGGUCAGCAGGGCGGGGCCGUGCAGCUUUCUCCGCCGGCCGUCGUGCUCUGACCGUCGAUGGGAGCGAGGCGGGGAGAGACACGGCAGUCGGUGUCGGGAGCCGGGCGGGUCAGGUUCGCUGCGGAUACAGCGUCAGCAGGAGCUCAGUCGGACACAGCGGGAGACCCGUCAGCAUCACUGCAUCGGUCACCGAUCAUCGGACCACGCACCGUGCCAGGUGGCUCCGUUCGGUGGGACCAAUAAUGGCAGGCCCAGGGCGGCUUUUGAGCCAUGCUAUCGGUAUUGCUGUGCUCGCGUCGGUGUUGGCGCAAGGUGAUGAUCGGUUUCGGGACCGCCCCAUUCUACCAUACCACGAGGAGAGAGUGCCGUCGGGGGCGCCGCCCGCUCAGCCGGCCGACGACGACUACCCGCACUAUGACUACGAUUAUUAUGAUGACGCGCAGCCCAACCCUCCCAGCCGGCUGGACAAAAUCCUGCCGCUGGUCAGGUUUCAGUGCCGCGCCGAGGGCUACUUUGCCGACCCGGAGUUCAACUGUGAGGUCUUCCACUACUGCUCAGCCUCCGGGGCGCGGUUCACCUUCCUCUGCGGAGAGGGAUCAAAGUUCCACCAGAAAACGUUGAUCUGCGACUUCGAUCACAAGCUGCGCUGCGGCGGUGACGGCACACUGGAGGAGUUGCCGGCACACUCUGAUACGCUCUCCACCGAGCACCUCUUCCCGGCCGGCGAGAUCAUGAAGAUGGGAGUCACCGCCUCCAGCACUUCCGCUCCCGUUCAGCCCGAGCGGUACCAGCCGGAGAGCCGACCGAUCGUGCGGCGACCGGCACUGGAGGCGCGCCGUCGGCACGACACCGCGCCUGUGUCCAGUGAGAGGAGCGGACCCGGGCGCCAGCGACUGGAACCUCUGGGGUUCAGCCGCGGCCGGCCGCUGGACCGUUACCACACAGCGGGGCCGACGAUCGAGCGCAGUGACCGCCGGCCUCCCGAGGACGGAUACCGGGCUGUCCUCAACGACAUCCACCAGACGAUCCGCGAGACGGAGGUACCCCAGUUGCCCGUGCUGCCGCUGCUGACACCGGCACAGCGCAGACACGAUGAGGGUGUCAAGGAGAGUCCCGCUCCGCCGCCGCGACUGCACAUCCCCAAAAGGCGACUGACGUCACGGGCGAGCAGACGACGAGACUCGUAUGGCCCGACGCCGCUGCGCCGACCGAGCGUGCGUCACCGCCGAUCAGUGGACUGGGAGGAGCCCGGCCUGCUGGCGCUCAGAGAUAUCGUUGACACCAAGGUUGGCAGGUUCUUCCCCGGUAGUGGCUCGCCUUUCGCCCAACGGCGCUCUGACGACGACCUCCUGCGAACGGAACGCGACUUCGACGCAGAGUUCUUUAGAGAAAUGGACGGGGAUAAUUUCGGCGCGCCGUGGCCCGCUCCAGUGAGGAAUGAGAUCGCCGUGGAAGAGGCUCCAGCUGGCCGGAGAAGGAGUCAAACAGCUCGCCUCGGGCGGGUUUCAGAUAGCAGUUCUGUCUGGACCGGACAGACUCGCGAGGCGGUGCAACACGAUUUCGGAUACAAGCGUGGACGCUCGACCGAACGGCAGACUGCCGGAGCGCAGGACAGGUCUUCAGAGAGCGACUCAGGGAGCUCGUUAUCUACAGAGACUGCCACCGAAUCCCAAGACGACCUAGAUUCCGCCGCCACUACUGAGCUCUUCGACGCUUCUGAAUACGGCACACCCAAGUCGGAUUCGAUUCUGUCUGCGUCGGAAACGGCCAAGCUCGCCGAAUCCGAGGUGGCUGCGUCAUCGCCGGUGCUCGCUCGGAGCCGCACCCGUCGUCAGCAGUUCCCGUUCAUACCGCGACGAAACGAGGGCGUCGACCAGCUACGGGAGCUUCAGCGGCAGUCUUUCGCCCAGCCAGUUAGGUUUCCGGCGCCGCAGCCAGGCCAGCCGUUCGUCAACACCCAAUUUGUGAACGUCGGUCCUCGACCAACGCCGCCGAACAACAGGCAGGAGAGCGACAGCGAUGACGACAUCACGGACCGCCAGUCGGACUUUGGAGGAGCUCAACGUUUCCAGCCUGCGAACACGUUCGUGCUGCAGCCUGCGCGAUUGCCGUCCCAGCCGGCAUUCGGUGGUCCUAUCUCAUCGGGCAGCGCCUCUGCAGCGAGACCACCCAGCUUCCGAGCGAUCGGCUCUCAGCCAGCCGAGCAGAGCUUCACACGACCUCUGCAAGACUUUGCAAGGCCCCAGCAACGAUUCCCCCAGCCCCCGCCUGGCUUCCCGCAGCAGCAGAGCUUUGGACAGCCAGCGUUCCAGGAUAGUCAACGAUUUGGCAGGCCCCAGUCUCCAUCCGUGGUGGGAAACCUACCCACCUCAUUCCAAGCUGGCAGCUCCCCUUUCAGGCCCAGGCCUGGCUCUGGAAUUAGCGUGAGCUCCAUCUCGACAUCGAACGGCCCUGCUGGUUCUGCCGACGAAGACGAGGGGGGCUUCGACCGCCAGCCGAACGGUGCCCCGCUGGGACCUGACGACAGUGGUCCUCAGCCGUCGGGUGGCGCCCAAUUCCAGCGGCCUGGUUCCUUCCAGUUCGGCAGGCCAGCCGGCCCACUGCCCUCUGGCUUCCAGUCGCAGCCGCCACAGUCACAGCAGCAGUUCGGUUCCGGACUCUUGCCGGCGCCCAACGCGCUCGGCUUCAACACGUUUGUGGCUCCGCAGUUCGCAGCGGCGUUCCAGCGCCUGCCACCGCCUCCGAACCCGGUCCGUCCCGGCGACUCGGCGCCGCUCAGUGGUCCAUCUCGGUUCUUGCCCACAACACGAGCGCCGGGUCAAGUGUUUGCGCCCACUCUUGCACCGUUCUCCUUCAGUUCACAGCCAAGCCCAGCGACCACCGCGAGACCUCAGACUGCAGCGCCUAGUGUCAUUCCGCCUCCCGCCGGCUCGGAAGCACCCCUUUCUUCAUUCGAAACCCGGGAUCCCACCGUAUUCCCCGCCCUGGCUGAAGAUGACGACAGUAGCUUCGGUGGAGAUGAAAGCGAUUUCUUCAGACCCGUUCCGGACGUGGUGAAUCUCCAGCCCAUCGAUGAUGAGUUCUUCGGUCCGCCGACUGGCCGGCCUUCGCUCGACGACCCGCCACCUUUGGAGACCACCGCGCCUGCUCCGCACAUCUCCAGCCCGCUGCCCCCGGGUGUUCUCUCCGCACUGGCUGGUGUCACCGAGCCAACGUCUCCAUCCACCACCGAGGAGCCGCGUCCAACCCAGGGACGGCGCCGCUUCAGGACCCGAAGGCCGGGAGGUCGCCGUCGCUUCCGUCCCACCUCUGCUCCGGAGGUUACCAACGACGUGGAGCCCGAGGACGAAGGACUAGAGAAAGACUCAACCAGAGAUCUUGCUUCGCCGACUCAAAACGAGGGCAUCACCAGCCAGAGGAGACGUCGUCCGCCGUCGCGAAGGCGUCUGUCCGGUCGUCGACGAACCACCACCACGGCAGCGCCGGUCAUCGACGAAGCGACCGAGCCUAGCGAGACUGACACCGAGACCACAGAGGAGGCCGCGCCAGUAGCUCCGGCGAGGAAGUUCCGCCGACGUCGGCCGGUUGGUAGCAGCGGCUUCCGUUCCCGGCCUCGUGCCCGGCAAAGGCUGAGGACCCGCCUCCAGCAGCAGGAAGAUGAGAGCACCGAGAGUGAAAGCGAGGCCGACGAAUCGGAGACUGCCAGCGACUCAGCUACCCAGGAGACUGGCGCGAGUCAGCAGGCAGCUGAGGAGGAGAAGCAGGUGGCUCAGCGACCGAGCCGUCGGCGACGACCAGACGGUGCCUCCCGGAGGCCGUUCCGUAGGCGCAACAGGGUGAGAACCACCGAGGCUCCCGCCACUGAGGCGCCCAAAGAAGAUGUCGAGGAGGCCGAAGCGCCUGUGCAGCAGGAGACUGAAGAGCCGGGAGAAGAGGGGAUCACCGACAGGGACAGUCAACGUCUCACGCAGGAGACCACUGAAGACACGACAGAGGCAGCAGAGGUGGAAGAUGACGACGACGAAUCGGCUGCAAAGACGACCCAGCAGCGGCUGCAGGAGCUGUACGAGAGGCGGCGACAGAACAGGCUCCAACUCCGCCGUCAACGGCCGUCCUUCAGACGUAGGCCGGCCGCGCAGGAUGACGAGGCCUCUGCAGAGGAACAGGAAGACACCGAAGUCGCCUCCUCAAGGGACUCUCGGGAGCGGCGGAUUGGCAGCCGGCGCCUGACGCAGCAGCGACUGCGGCUACGCGUCAACCGACCCACCGAUGCUGAGAUCACCGUUCAGGUGGCGCAGACGCCUACUGAGCGCCCAGAGUCCGAAGGGGAUCAGGCAUCGCCUCAGGUCGAGGCAAAGGAACAGCCGACCGAGCGCCCGACGGAACAGCCGACCGAACAGCCCACUGAACAGCCGGAGGAAGAAGAUGAACAGCAGGAGGAACGGAGACGGCCAGGGCGGCGCCGGUUCCGCACGGACCGCGUCCGACAGCGUCAGCGUCUCCGUCUUCCCCCAAGGACCGGAGGUCGGGUGUCCACACUGGCCAGUCUUCUGGUGGAGACCGGCGGUCCGACCACCACGCCGAGUCCAGCGACCACCAGCCAGCCGCCGACCGCCGCCGAGUCACUGGCAGCGGUCAACCUGGAGGGAUCCAACAUGGAGAGUCGCGGCCAGCCGCCCAAGCGGACCCUGCUCGGGUCGCUGGUCCAGCGCCAGUCAACGGCUCCUCAGUUCACGCGCACCACACUCACACCGGUGCUAGCGGAGACGGAGAACCCGGCACCGGCAGCCACCCGGCCUCUGGGUGCCGUCGAGGAGCAUGACCGCACGACCAGCGAGCCAGCCGAGACCACUGCUGCGCCUACACAGACUGAACGGACCACAGCCCAGACCACGGCCGAGACCACGCCGGAGCCGGUCCCAGAGACCACGGCGAGGACCACCGCCGAGACGGUCCCGGAGACUACCGUAUGGACCACCGCCCAGACGGUCCCUGAGACCACAGCGGCGGAGCAGACGGCGGAUACCACAGUCUCGGUCGAGGCUGUCACCACGGGGCAGCCAGAGUUCAUUCCAUUCGACAGCACAGCGCCAGAGGUCGGCCUCGACAUGAUUGUGGAGCAGGUGGCAGCCACCGAGGCGCCCACAGAGCACCCGUCCAUCACAAUGGCCACUGACGCGCCACUGUUGCCGCUACAAUCGCUGUUUGCCGGCUUCUAAAGGAGGCGUCAUACGCAGAGAGUUCCUCUGAUGUCAUCAUAUAUCAACAGCCGCCGCUGGGCUGAGAAUACAGUGGUCAGUGAGGACAGUGCUUAGCACAAUUUUACAUAUGACAAAGUGUGUAGCUGUAUAUUUUCUAUGAGUCUCAAUGUGUGUACAAGUAAGGCUUGUUUGAAAGAGGUUAUGUACGAUGUGGCAGAAGAUGAUCAAAGUGUGGGCAGAUGGCACCCGCUUCGGCUGACGGUGCCAGCUCAGCCAAAGUAAUCUUGUGGAUGGUGUAUCCAUUAGUUUUCAUUUUUUU